AUGUCUUAUCCCCAGGACUCUCCCUCCAAAGGCAAGGAGAACAAGCAGCUCCCAGGCUCCUCCUCUGCCAUGAGUUCAACCGUGGAUGCUGCCAUUGUUGCUGUUGCCUCAGUGCAACUGGAUGAUCCAAAAUUGCACGCCAUAGGCUCGCACAUCGGAAUUACGCAGCCCCAGCCUAAGGGGUCCAUUCCUUCUUGUCACCGUCGUCGUCGUAGUCACCGUGGUUCCCAAUCUCGCGCCGAUGUCUUUCAUCAGGAUAAGAUUACCCCCCAGCCUAAUGGUUUUUCAGAGCCACCUGGGGAGAAUCUUUCCUCUUCGGCUUCUACUCUCCCUCUGCCUCCUUCUUCGCUCUCUCAUCAGCAUGCCUUCAAGGACGUGUUGCGACCCCCACUUUCUGGUUCCAACGUGUCAGACAAUAUAAGAGAGGCUGUUGAUGUUGAUGGUGUUGAAAAAAGAGAUCAUAAGACUAUCGUGGCAUACAACCCCGCUCAGUCAUCAUCGUCGUCAUCGUCCCACAACCGUGGACUGAUAUUGCCACCGAUUCCACACCCAGACCCGUACUACCCAAGGCGUCUACCGAUGCCGUCGGACGCGAACACCAGCAGUCGAGGACCCGAGCUGGCCCCUCCCGAGCCCGAGCCCGAGCCCAAGACAAUCCAAACGACAUUCGUCGAUGUCCCCGCUCACACCGCGAAAUGUGAUCUAUGCAAUAAUCGCAACGUGACUGGCAUGUCCCGCUGCCUGUCCUGCGGCUGGCAGUCGUGUCACAAAUGCACGGAGAGGACUGGAUACACGCGCUCUCAUCGGGCCGGCGGCGAUCUUCACGAGGCACCAAUAGAUGCGAGCCAGCUUGAGUUUAAAGUGCCGAAGUCGCGGCCUAGACAGAGGAAACGGCGACAGAUGCGCAUCAAUGCUGUAGCUCAGCGGGUGUGCGGUCAUGAUGGACGGGGUGGUAAUGAAAAUAUGAAGGUAGAUGAUGGUCGGAUUGAUCCGAGUCGGAGCAUUGCUAGAGAUCGGGGUACAAGACAUGCCACUCAGAUCGAGCCCAGCCUGCCCCAACGUGGUCGCUCUGAAGUCGGGGCAAUGAACCAAGCGAGUCAAGUUGAUAUCGGUCGUGCUAGACGCGGUGGCGCGCGAAGUGAAAGACCAAACACCACUCAAGCCGAACCGAGCCAGCACAGACGCAGCCGUGGUAGAGAUGAGAGAGUGAGCGGCGGAACUCUAACUGGUCCAAGCCAGCCUCGACUCAGUGGUAAUAGAGCCGAAGAAACAGAUGAAGUGAGUCAACUCCAAUCCAGACAGUCUAGGCGCCAUCGUGCAAGAGACGACAAAACAAAUUGUGCCUUUCCAGCUGAUCCCCGCCAGACCAGACGCAGUCGUGCCAAAGAACAGGAAACGAGUGGUGUCAGUAUCCGCAGUCUAUCCCGAUUCAGCCGUGCCAGAAAACGGAUUGAACAGGAUCCAAGCUUCCACCGAUACACCGACUUGACGUCGCGGAGCAACAUGACCCGCCCAACUGCGAGAGCGGGCUCAACACACCUGGCAACCAGCACCCAGCUCCAUCCCGGCCCCGCAGUCCCUGCUGUCGACCAUGCCUUGGAGAACACCAGAGGGACGGACAGUGGCCUUGGAUGCGCAGAGGCUUUGUAUGCGUUCAGCAACGAGGCGCUUGCAACUCCGGGCGAUGACAGCGUAGACGACGCGUCAAAUCAUGGUUCUGACUUCUCUCGUGUUCAUCGGUUUGCCAUGGAGCAGGUCAGGCUCGCUGUUGAGCGGCACAAGCGAAAGAUUUCAAAGAGUGACGUGGGGAAUUUCGACGUGAGAGGCUGCUAAUGACGCGUCCGGGCCACCAGACCUAAGAAAUUAUCCCAGGCAUGGUAGCCCGGUCGCUGUUCUCUUGGUUUCGGAUGGAAGGCAAAGGAUGGACUUUUGUUGUUUCUCACUGUUUCUGGGACGUGGGAAACGAGAUGAGACGUUCAGGGUGGUUUGGUGCGGAGGAAGGAGAAGAAAUGUGUUCUGGCGUUGGAUCAUUCACCGUGUCUGGACAUCCAUCACGUGCCUGGCUUUUCAGAGGGAUGGUCUACUUUGUACAAUUGCAAUUUUCUGCAGAUGGAAUGCAAACUGGAAACUGGAGACUGGAAACAAAGAACGCACGUGAUCAUAUUGUACAGUGACGUGAAGUUGAGAUUUGAGUAAACAUACAGGGUCAUGUGGUGGUGGC